AUGAACCGCAAAAUAGCAUAUACAUUGAUUACCUGGACUUUCAUGAAUAUGGCCAGCCUCUGGUCCGCCACAUGGCUAAGUGUUUUCUACUGUGUGAAGGUCGCUAACUUUACCAACUGCUUCUUUCUCUGCCUGAAGCCGAGGAUCAACAUGCUUGUGCCCAGGCUGCUUGGAAUGUCAAUAGUCAUUUCCAGCAUCUUCUCUGUUCCUUCAGUCAUUGAAUAUCUUGGACAAAUAAGGGGUGGCAACUUGACUGUAAUCUUAUCACUGAAUGUCAGCCAAAAUGAGUCUUAUAUUAAACCCUUAUUUCAUCUGCAGCUGACUUAUACUUCCAUAAAUGUCUGCAUAAGUAUAAUUGCAUCCAGUCUUUUGCUUGCCUCAUUAUGGAAACACACAAGGAAUCUGAAAAAAAGUGGUCUAGGUAGUAAAGACCUUAGCACUCAGGUUCACAAGAAUGUCAUAAUAGUGGUGUUCUCUUUUGUUUUUUUUUACCUUGCGUAUUUCACUGCUUCAAUAAUUGCAGCAAGUGAUGUUUUUAAGCCUCAUCGUCCUGAAUUUUUAAUAGUGGAUGUUUUGGCAACUUCAUUUCCUUCGACACACUGCAUUGUAUUAAUAUUGACUAAUCCCAAACUGAAAGAAAUGGCUGCUCGCAUUCUGAAUAUCAGAUAA